CUCCCGCGUAUGUCAUCGUCCUCGCGCAGGUGAUCUAUGGACGCCGUCGAAUUUCUCUGCGACCUCGCUGCCAACGGGACGGCUUUCAACCCUCUGACGGAAUCGUUCGAGUCCAGCUGGAAAUGGAUGCGCGGACGAUACAGCGACUUCCAGAUAGCGACCGUUGGCUCUGUAGUCUGUCACGAGAUUGUCUACUUUGCGCUGUGUUUGCCCGGCUUUCUCUUUCAGUUUGUUCCGGCGAUGAGGAAAUACAAAAUACAGAAGGACAAGCCUGAGACGGCUGAAGGGCAGUGGAAGUGUUUCAAACUGUUGAUGCUAAAUCAUUUCGGUGUUCAAUUACCACUUAUCUUGUCAUCCUAUAUGUUUACUCAAUUGAUAGGAAUUCCUUUUGACUAUGAAUCAAUUCCUCCAUGGUACAACAUUUUGCUGAGAAUGUAUGCAUGCUUGUUAGUGGAGGACACAUGGCACUACUUCUUUCAUCGCCUACUGCACCACAAGCGUCUGUAUAAGCACGUCCACAAGAUCCAUCACAACUUUCAGGCACCAUUCGGAAUGGUAGCUGAAUACGCUCACCCAAUUGAAACAAUGGUUCUUGGAUUUGGCUUUUUCAUCGGAAUCAUGUUGUUCGCCAACCACAUCUUCUUACUCUGGACGUGGAUGGCUGUACGACUGAUUGAGACUAUCGACGUUCACAGUGGUUACAACAUCAAACUCAACCCUCUUCAUAUCCUUCCAUUCUAUGGAGGCAAUGAAUAUCACGACUUCCAUCAUAUGAAUUUUGUUGGCAACUAUGGUUCGACGUUUACCUUCUGGGAUAAGUUGUUUGGCACAGAUCGACAGUGGAGAGAGUACAAAGCGAAGCAAGAGGUUGAUGAGCUGAAAAAGACUGAGUAGAAAUCGACGCCACUUGGAUCUCGGUCGUUGCUCGAUUAACUGUAUGUUAUUCGUUGUAUUGUAUAGAUAGUGGUCAUAUUAUGUAUGUGAUUUAGUAAUACAGCAAUUGAAUGUGUUCAGAUUCUAGCAUUUAUGACUGUCUGUAUGUCAUAUUCAGAUGUGAUAUUAUGGCAAUAAAAUUGAUGCAUGCAGGA